AUGUCUGUUAUGGAGGUUAACCAAACUGAUCAAUGCCUCAGGUUUUCCUGUCCAGAGAGAUCUGUUUCUACUGUAUAUGUGUUAACAUAUGUAUCUGCAGCUGCUGCUGUUCUGCUAACAGUGUGUGGAAACCUACUUGUUAUCAUCUCUGUUUGUCACUUCAAGCAGCUCCACACACCAACUAACAUGCUCAUCCUCUCUCUGGCUGUGUCAGACUUUCUAGUGGGAGCUCUUGUGAUGCCUAUGACAUUAACAUGGAUGAUCGAAGCAUGUUGGAUUUUUAGUGCAGCUCAAUGUUUGUGUAAUGUAUUUUUUUCUUAUCUUUUCACAACAACAUCAGCUUAUAGUGUUGCUCUCAUUGCAGUUGAUCGGUAUUUUGCUCUCUCUAAUCCAUUCCUCUACACUCAAGCAGUCUCUGUGAACACGAUGUGCAUUGUGGUUUUAUGUAACUGGUGUCUAUUACUGUUGUACUAUCUAGUACUUCAGUACUUCAAUGGAUAUUUCACCAACCUGGUAAUGUGUCCUGGAGACUGCUUUUUGGUCUUGGAUGAGGUCUCAUUUCUGGUUGAUCUUCUUUUGGGAUUUGUUUUCCCCUGUUCUGUUAUAAUCAUAUUUUAUGUCAUGGUUUUUGUUAUUGCAAGGAAACAUGCCACUGCAAUCAGAGACCUUAACAUUCAAACAAGGACAUCAAAGAACACAGCAGACUCUAUGAAGUCAGAGAGAAAAGCAGCUAAAGUACUUGCCAUUUUGGUGUCUGUAUUUUUGGGAUGUUUAUUUCCAUAUUUCAUUUAUACUGUAUUAGGUUAUGUAAUAGAAAUUGAAAUGGGAGCAUUUCAGAAAGUCUUGGUGCUGCUGUAUCUUAAUUCGGCUAUUAACCCGGUUCUUUAUGCUUUGUUUUAUCCGUGGUUUAGGAGGUGUGUUAAACUCAUUUUAACUCUUCAAAUAUUCAACACAGAUUCUUCACUGAUGAAUGUUCUUUGA